AUGAAUGUACCUCUUGACAGACACAAUAUCCGCAACGAAUCUUCGAGCAGUGCCUACAGAAAUAAAUCUUCGAGAUCGGCUUCAAAGAACCACAAUUACAUACAUAACACACAUAAUCAGUGUAGUCAUGUAAUGAAAAGAUAUUUGAAAGAAGCAAUUACACUUCCUCCAAUUUCUCAAGAGACAAAAUUGGCAUUAUUCCGAAAGCAAAAACCUGAGAGAAUAUCUUUUUUAAGAGCUUUAAUUCUAGGAAAGAUUGAUAAUGAGACUUUUACUUAUCCAGAACUAGAUUCUCCUAGAUAUGAAGAUUAUUGCAAAUGGAUAAAUCCUAUCGAAAAUUACAUCUCAAAUUGUGUUAAUAAAAAAAUGGAUAAAAAAGAGAUAUUGGACAACCUUAGAGACCUCGAAGUAUUCAGAACACAUAUUAAUAACAAAUAUUUUGGUUUAACUUUGUCAAACACAGAAACAUUGCAACUGGUAGAGAUACUUAGUAACUUGCCUUGGUUGGGUACUUAUGCAUUGAAGAAUCAUAUUAUACCAGUCGAAAUAAUUAAUAAAUAUGGGUCAGAAAGUCAAAAGCUUGAAUAUUUCCCAAGAAUUAUGAGUGGUGACAUAAUUCCUACAAUAUGUAUAUAUGAAGGUGGCUAUGGAACGAAUAUUAAUAGUAUUAAAACUUUCAUGAUGCAACAAACAACAGAUUCAUGGAUAUUAAAUGGUGAAAAAGAAUUUGUUGUUAAUGGGAUAAAUUCAAAUCUGUUUUUAGUCUUUACAAAAUAUGUAGCACCUGUUACAGGAAAAAUUAAAUCAGAUUCGUUCUCUUUAUUGUUAGUUGAACGAGAUUUUGGAAACAUAAGUUGUACAAACGUGUGUGAUACAAUUGGUAGACAUGAAACACCUACCUGUACAAUUAAAUUUAAUGAUACAGUAGUACCUCAUAAAAACAUUAUAGGUACACCUGGUGGUGCUUUGGACAUAUUAAUGGAAUACUUGAAACCUGGACGACAACAUAUAACUGGUCAAGCAAUUAGUAUUUUAAGAAACUUUUUAAAUCUAAUAACAUCAGAUAUUAUACAAAUGAAACAUUUUGACAGAGAUUUGCAUACAUUUGAUAUAGUAAAAAAAAUCUUAGGUGAAAUUACGUUUUCUUUGUAUACUAUGGAAAGUAUGGCAUAUCUUACAACUGGAAUGAUAGAUCAAUAUGAAAAUAUGAAUGCUGAUCUAGAACAAAUCAUUACCGAAACUUAUUGUGCAAACAAGUGUUUGCAAUGUGUUCAAGCAGGAUUACAGUUAAUGGGUGCAAAAAGUUACAUGAAUAAUAAAUCAUAUAUAGAUGCAUUUCACGAUGCCAUGGCUUUAACAACAAUGGAUAUAAAUAAUUUGGACUCUGUUACGUAUGUAGCAUCAAAAGAAAGAGGAUCAGCAGUUAUGGAACAAUAUUCAGAUAUGCUGAGGAUAACAUUUAUAUUAACAGAAAUAUAUGCAACAUUUGCUAACAUAAUACGUGCAUCAAGAUCAUGUGCCAUUGGUACUAGAAAUUCAGAUCUUGAAAAAGAUUUAGUAACUCAAAUGACAUAUUUGUCAUAUACUAAAAUUUCUUUACUUAAAGAAGAAAUAGACUUGACUAAGGCAUUUAAUGGUGAUAGUUGUUAUAUAAAAUUAUCAUUUAUGUUAUCACCCCAGUCAUCUGCAUCUGACAACCAUGACGUUGUAGAUGGUACUACUAUGUUACUACUGUCUAAAGCAUUUGGCUUGCAUUCAUCUUCUGAUACUUGA